AUGCAUCCCAGCGCCACCGCCGCCACGACGCCCUUCUCUGUCAAGGACAUCCUCAAUCUGGAGCAUCAGCCUGGAGCCUUGGAUCGGGACUUGUCCAGGAGUGAUCAGGUGGUGCCGUUGCUGUGUCAGAGCGCCAGCGGGGAGGUCGGAACCGGCGGGUUUUAUGAGGAGCAGCGCGUCUACGGAGCAGGAGAGAAGAUGGAAAGCCAUGUGAGAAGAGAGGAGACGCGAGAACAUGACCUGGACAGCUCCAGCGACAGCGGCGCCUCCCCGCACUGCAGCCGCAGGCCGCGCAGGAAGCCCCGGGUUCUCUUCUCGCAGUCCCAGGUGUCCGAGCUGGAGCGACGGUUCCGACAGCAGCGUUACCUGUCCGGCCCGGAGAGAGAGCACCUGGCUCUGGUCAUCAAGCUCACAUCCACACAGGUGAAGAUCUGGUUCCAGAACCGGAGGUACAAGUGCAAGCGCCAGAGACAGGACAAGAGUCUGGAGCAGGCGGGCUACUUCCCACCCGCGGCCCGGAGAGUAUCGGUGCCGGUGCUGGUCCGUGAUGGGAGACUUUGCGGAUCCGGGUCUCACCACCUCGCUCCCUAUAACGUGACUGUGGGACAGUACCAGCCUGGGUUUGGGUUCGGGGGCGCCAGCGCGUACAGCAGCGGCUACAACCUGGACAGCGACGGUCACUUCUUCUCGGAGGGGGUCAGAGGAUGGUGA